AUGUUAUGUGUUAUCUGUCUAUUGAAGUGUCCGUAUCCGUUGGCCUUUGCUUUGGCCUCAAUAGUGUCCCGAAAGCUAGGUUUGGCCGAAACCAGUCGCGAAUCUCAGGGCUCGGACGAAGACUGUGUCGACUAUUCAAAACCAGCCCUCUCUUCAAAUGAGUUGUACUCACAAUCGCAAGAAUACGUAACCGAAUACAUCAACUCUUGGAAACUGAGCCCAGAGUUGGCCGCAGAGAAAGCCAAAGAAUAUUCGGACCAAACAUUCGUGUCGUCGAUCUUUGCCAUCAAGAAUACACGCCGAAAGAUGGAGGACAGGCACGUCGUCCUCCACGACCUCAAUAAAGCCCUCAAUCUGAAAGUUUCAAAGGACUACAGCUAUUACGCUAUAUUUGAUGGUCACGCGGGUGUGGAUGCGGCCAAUUAUCUGUCGGCCCAUUUGCACCACACAUUAGUCAAGACUCAAGCCUUCCUCGACGGCGACAUUACUGGUGCUUUCAAAGAAGCCUUUUCUAUAACAGAUCUCGACUAUUUGCAGAGGUCUGCCCGCGAGAACCGAAAGAGCGGUUCCACUGCGUUGUGCGCGUUGUUGGAGAACAAGACAAAGCUAUACAUCGCAUGGUUGGGCGACUCACAGGCGGUGGUCGUCAGGAAUGGCCAACCAAUUGAUGUAAUGAUUCCACACAAACCAGAGCUCGAAGAGGAACGCAAGAGAAUCGAAGAAUUGGGCGGUUUUGUGGCAUUUGUGGACACGUGGAGAGUGAACGGAACUCUAGCCGUUUCGCGAGCCAUUGGAGACCCCGAACACAAGCCCUUCAUUAGUUCAGAACCAGAUGUCGUUGGAUUUGAUAUCAGUCCCGACACAGACUUCCUAAUCCUUGCCUGCGAUGGACUCUGGGAUCAGUUGUCGGCCGAAGACGCGACUUCAUUGGUCUAUGAGUACGUCUGUCAACACGAAGAUUACGACACCCAACAGAUUGCCGAAGGCGUGGCCUCACACUUGUCGAAAGUGGCCAAAGAUGACGGUUCUAGUGAUAACAUUACAACGAUUGUAAUAUUCUUCAAAGAUAUCGAUCAAUUGAGAGCCACACCAUUCAAGCCAAUGUCUCCCCGAGAAAAGUCCGAAACGAAUGGUCUGAAUGGCAAUCACUUCCAAUACAAUGACUCGCAAUUCGAGCAAAUGCUGAAGAAUGGCAACAAUCCGUUUGAGUUGAGUUCCUGCGGACCGUUGAGUUGGAGCUCCGAUUCGUCAGCCAAUGACAUGAAUAGAGCGAGAAUUAACUUCUCUAUGAGUGAAGACUCCAUUGACGUAAAGGAGAAGAAUAUGGAAAACGAGUUGAGAGACGACUCCAAUCCGUUCAAUGCCUCCCAUUAUGUGGAUCUGAAUGCCAACCAAAACAAAGUGGAUAACGACUUAAUCGACACAAUAGAUAACAACAACGAGUCGUUUACAAGGGAACAGACGGACGACAAACAAGAGUCACAAACCGUUAGUAACGCCAAUAGUAACGAACUCCACAGCGAUUCGCAGAUCAAUAUCUCAAAGUUGUCAGACAUUUCGUCCUCAUUUGUCACACACGCCGACGUCCACGAAGAACAGGCGUUCGCUUCGACGCCCAUCAAGACAUCCCAAUCAUUCUCUUAUAGUGGAGACGACGCCGCGAUUGACACUAACAUGUCGUCCAUUAACUUCAAUCAGGACUCGAUUCCAUUGAAUCAAACCUCAGAACCGAUUGUCAACGAAAGUAACGAACAAAAGGAUUUUGUCGACUACUCGAGGGAUUCCUUUGCGACCGCAGGUUCUGAAUUCGAUAUGAGUUAUAGUUUCGACAAAAGCGGUUAUACGACUGCUUUCGAGAAGGACUUUGAACAACAUCUGAGCGAUUCAAGGGAGGAAACUCCCACUCAAACUCCCGUCAAAUUGGAUGACAAUUGCGAUCAGGGUUUCAAUGAUGGCGGCGAUGAACCUAAUUAUGACAACAAUGACUUGAGUUCGGGCGCCGAAAGUGUCGAUUCCAUUGUCUACGAGAAGAUUAACUCAGAUAUGAGUGAAAUCACUAAAAGAGUGGAAAAUGAUUAUUAUUCUCAACAAAACGAUAUCGCUUUACGAUUUGAAUCUGAACUUCAUUUAGGAUCUGAUGAGCAAAAGAGCGAUAUUUUGAAAACCGACGAUCUCUUGUCGGACGCAAAGACUAUUGAUUCAAACGCUGAUUUGAUUAGAGAAGCCCUUCUUUCAGAGCACAUGAGCGCAGAAGAGGCCGAAGAAGUGGUUCAGCAGUUGAAUGUAAACGAAGAACAAGAAGAAUCUCCAUCACAACCAUUUAAUUUUGAAGAACCAAAACCUGAUAUUAUAGUUGAGAAUCAAAUGAAUUUCAUUUCACAACAGAUUCCGGAACCCAUUGAGACCAACGAACCCAAAGAGAUAGCGAACGACAUUGAUUUGGUGGCAGAUAUUCACUCUAAUGCUACGGAUUCUCAUGUAUUUAACGAGUUUUUAACUUCUGCUACACUUCCAGAACGACAGGAUUCACCAAUUGUUGAACAAAUCUCUGAAAGUCCUCUCAAUGAAAGUCCGUAUGAUUUUGAGUCUAAAAUAGGGCAUGAAUUGAAUGAGAAUCCAAUGAAUGGUUUUGUCUCAUCGAAUCCCGAUUUGAUUAGCGAAGUGUUACUCUCAGAAAGAGUGACACACAAUGAGUUGGAAGAGAUGGCAAUUAAUGAAGAACCGAAAAAUGCAUUUUACGAACAGAAUAUUAUUCAACAUUUUGAACAACAGGUGACUGAAGAACAACACAUGGAAUUGAAUUCAAAUCAAUUUGGAUUAGGAAUUGAAACUAAUGAUGAAUUGAUGUCACAGAAUAAGUUGGAAUCAGAGGAUACUAAUUGUACUGACAUCGAUAUGUCUUUGAGACCAGAAUCUGAACAACAAAUAGAAUCUGAAGUAUUAUUGCCGUCAGAAGUUGUUCCACAAGUGUUCGAAUCAGAAGUGAUAAAUCAUUUUACAGAAUCAGAGCCUGUUUCCCAGUUUAUCCAAUCAGAAGAGAUCCCACAAUAUAUAGAACCAGAAGUUGUUGAACAGUUUACAGAACCAGAAUUGAUUGAAGAACCGGAACAGAUGUUGACAUUUACACAACAAGAAGUGGUCCCCAAUUUGACAGAACCCGAGCCGAUGUCACUCAUGCCUGAAAUAAACUCCAGUCCUUUUGAAGCCGAGCAACAAAUGAUACAAAAUGAUGAAAUAGAGCCACAGGUUAUUCCUAUGGAUUCUGAAUUAAACGCAAGUUUAGCCGAAGAUAUUGUUUCCCAAUCUCUUAUUUGUGAACCAACUCUGGAGGCGAAGGAAUCAAUUCCUGAAAUAACACAAGAAUCCGUUGCAUUGACUCCAGAAGUGAAUGAACCGGUUUUAGAUGUCGUACCAAACGAUUCACAAUUAGUUGAAUUGGCGCCCGAAGUAAAGCCAACUGAAACUCAGUCGCCAUUGAUUUCCACGGAAACAAAACCUGUUGUUAAGCCUAAGGACGCGAUUUCGGCGGUGAAUAAAGUAAUCAAAACCGCUUCAAAGCCUUUGGCAUCGAAAGCGACGACCGCUUCUAAACCAGCGCCGAAAGCAUUGACCAAAAGUGAUCCGAAAGCCAAACCGACGGCAUCUUCGAGUUCACUGUUGAGUAAAGCGCCGGCAAAGGCUACCACCACUACUACUAGACCCUCACCUUCUAAGCCAAGUACUACAUCAACACUCAAAUCCACAGCGCCUGCAAAGUCAUUGCUCGAUAAGAAACCAACGACUACUGCAGCACCGCUUCGCCCGAAGGCGACCACAACUACUACCACUCGUCCCGCAGUGACCACCGCUCCUAAAACAACAAGCGCUCCCAAACCUGCACCGAAAGUGGCGCCGGCAUCGCGUCCAACAACCACUGCUGCGCCGCGAACUGCGACCACAACAUCGCGAUUAACCGCCGCUUCCAAACCAGCAGAAAGCAAACCAUUGGCUAAACCGGCGCCGACUCGAGCGCCUAUUGUUUCCCGAAUCACACCCACAGUUGCGUCCGCGCGAACGACUACCGCUCGACCUGCGGCCGCCACCGCCGCUUUGAAGGUGACUCCAACCGGUCGGACAAAUGGCACGACAGCCUCCGCCGGCCCGUCAAAGUCUCCCAUCAAAUCGAGUACUACUCUAAAGGCGACGACUAUUACAGCGAGGACUGCGACCACUGCCGCUAAACCAGCCGUUAAUGGAGUAAAAGCCUCGCCAACUAAAGCUCCCGUCGCGAGUAAGCCCACGACCAGCGCAAGUAGACUCACUACUAGCCGAACGGCUCCGGCGACUAAACCCACGAGCCUUUCGUCCAAAACAAGUGUCGAUAAGAAACCGAUACCGAGAUCUCCCGUUGGAGUCAAACCGAUUGCCGUAAAGGGCGAGAAUAAGUCUUCGCCCGUUCCUAAAACUAAUGGUAUCUCUGGAGGGCAGACAUCCGUUGCUUCGUCCCCUUCGGUGCCCAACACAACAUCCAUUUCGUCCAAAAACAACAAUUCAUUUAAAGUGAAUCCGAAUUCGUUGAAACAGGAGUUAGAAGACGCGGCCCUUAUGUCUCAAUUGACACCCGAUUCUGAAGACAACUACACGAGUCCUAACAUUCAUGACAACGCUUUCAUUAUGACGAACAGCGAAUCAUUGAUUUUAGAGUCGUCUCCUGAUGUCAACGGAAAUUAA